AUGGGAGGCUCCACGCCCGUAGACAUCAACAUUCGAAUCAAGGUCUGGCUCGAGACUGUACCCGUACUGUUACAGAAACUCGAGAUCAAGCACGUCAACAUCAUGACACAUAGUGCCGGCGCGAUAUACACGCUCAACACCCUGCUCCAUCACUCGAGCAUCCUCAAUCCAAAGACACCUUUUGUAGCAUUUCUAGCUCCAUAUGUCCCCCUUACAAUCUCUGGCGCGACCCUCCCAACUCUCCUCUCUAGACUCCCUGUCGGCAUGCUAGACUCAUGGGCUGAUCUGAACACGUUUAUCAACAACAAGAUAAUGCCUACUACCUCAUGGUCCAGUGGCCUACUCUCGUUCGCAGCAUCUGUCUUCCCGUCGUCUGCGAGUACAGAUCUUCCAGGAACCGAAGUGUCACCUUCCAUGACUCAAACAGAACGAUAUGGCGUCGACAAAGAAACGGCGAAAGCGAUCGAUAGCCUGCUCAUGAAGUAUAGAUUUGCCGAAGACACACACGGCAUCAACGAUGAAGCAAAGCUCUGUCUUGGGAAAUGCGACAAUGCCGACUGGGGCGAGGCGCAGGACUAUGCAGCAUGCAUAAGAUCAAUCGCCCAGAAAGAACGAACUUUACAGCAGCAGGAUACCCGAAGAGCGAAGCUUAAAGUUGAGGCGGUCUUCAGCGGCUCCGACGUAAUGAUCGGGAAACGUGGGCAGGAGUACUUUGAGCAGUCCUGGCAACACGAUGAGUUCAGAGAGUGUUUGGAUUUUUCGACAAAGACGUAUUCUAAGGCGAACCAUGACUCGUUGGUAAUCGAUUACGAAAAAGGCGCGCUUCGGAACGUCUUCAAGAGCAUUGCUGGCUUAGAAAGAGGGCGUAACUAA